CUCUACGGCGUUGUAUGUGUAGGGGUCACUCAUAGCACUACUCUUUCCGUGAUUUCGAUAGAGAGCAUUCGCUCGCGGUUUCCCUGACAGCUGGUGGCGUCUGUCUCUGUGUCUGUGUGUGUGCAAAAGCGACGUUGGAGUAAUACACGGUGGCGUAAACGAGCACCCGCAUAUCCAUCCAUCCUCUCACUCGGAUUUCGUGCAGCAUUCUGUGCAAAUAUCGCGUUUCGUGCAGCAAUCACGCGUCCUCCGAUAUCUAUCUUUCUCUAUCUCUACACGCCGACAUCAGUAGCGUUCUGUAGCCGGGAGGCGAUUACCGAUCGGUGACUACGUAUAUAAGGAAAAACACGUCAUUCGUCGAAGAAGCGGCAGAAAAGCGCGCUGUUUUAGCACGAGUCUCUGCAAAGCGAGACCGAAUACGCGGAGCAUCGAUCACUGACAAGCGAAGAGGACAUCCGUGUACACACGCACACACACACAUAUAUAUAUAAUAUAUAUAUAGAUACUAAACUCGUACCUGUUUCUAGCCGGGAGUAGGUUUACGGUGACACCAAGUUGCACCGGAGCGUACUUACACCUGUGGACGGACCGCAGGUAGAAAACGAAAUCGAAACGAUCGCUCCGUGAACCGCAUCGAAAGUGAAGUGCCGUGAUUAAAAACGUACACGCGUGCGUGCACGACGAGCGAACAGAGAGAGCACGCGUGGGCGGAGACAGAAAGAGGCCGAUAGCGAAGGCGAUCACAUAGACACGGGCAUCACCUAGAAUGAACAGAGUAAUGUUCAACAUGAAUAGAGUUAGCCAUCGCGUCGUCAUUUCCGUCGUGCUGGUGAUAUUCUGUGAGAUCACUGGUCUGGAGUCGGGCAGCACCGUCGGAGCCGUCAAUCUACCGCCGGUUUUCUGGAACAGCUCCAACCCUGUGUGCUGUACAACCAAUUCAUUUUCCAUGGAGAUAACAUCCAAGACGCUACAGGAGAUUCCCUGGGCAUCCUCGGCUCUGCGACCGUCAGGCGGCGGCACCGGGAGGCGCGCGCCCGAUGCAGGGAUAACCGUGCGCUCCCUGAUAACGAUCAGAGAACCAUCCUCCGCUCCAUUAGAGGUCUGCUCAUAGCCUGACAAGAAUUUGAAAGGAAUUAAUCUCUCGUAAAAAAUGCUGGCCGAGAGCUGAACGGAAUGCCUAUAUAUGU